UUUUUCAUUUUUAGUGCCGAGUCGUAACAUGCUGGCGAAGCGAAACAUCACUUGCCUCAAGAAGUUUCAGGAUUUUCCCGCGCAUCCUCCUUCCUCGCAUUUCCAUCCAUGGCCCCCAAAUCCGACAGCGUUGAAGGAAUCGUGCUCAACUUCGUGAACGAGCAAAAUAGACCAUUGAAUUCCCAGAAUGCUGCUGAUUCAUUGCAAAAGUUCAGCCUCAAGAAAGCUGCUGUGCAAAAAGCACUGGACACACUUGCUGAUAGUGGGAGGAUUUCAUUCAAGGAAUAUGGCAAACAGAAGAUUUACCUUGCUCGGCAAGAUCAAUUUGACAUUCCAAAUGGUGAGGAGCUUGUUCGGAUGAAAGAAGAAAAUGCUAAACUACAAGAAACUUUGGGAGAGCAAAAGAAGAAAAUUAGUGAAGUUGAGGGAGAAAUUAAAGCUCUGCAAUCAAAUUUAACCCUGGAACAAAUACAUGCCAAAGAAGCCAAAAUGAGAAUGGGGAUUGAGGAAAUGGAAGACAAAUUGAAUAAAUUGCGUGGAGGAGUUACUCUGGUGAGCCCAGAAGAGCGGAAAGUGGUUGAGAAAAUGUACUUGGAGAGCAUAAGUCAGUGGCGAAGGCGUAAAAGGAUGUUUAAAGAUCUAUGGGAUUCUAUAACUGAGAACUCACCCAAGGAUCUCAAAGAAUUUAAGGAAGAGCUUGGAAUUGAAUAUGAUGAGGAUAUUGGUGUGAGUUUGCAAUCAUAUUGUGAUCUAAUGCAAGACAGUAGGAAGCGGGCCAGAGGCCAAUGACUUCUAACAAAACAGCUAAGAGGUCAGUUGCUUUAUGAAGGAUCGCAGCAGAUUGGUUGCUUGGUGUUUUCUUGAAGAUAUAUCUGUUGCAAAUACUUGCAGGUUCUGCAUACGUCUAAUAUCCAGAUUUGUCUCUGGAUCCUAGUAAUUUUGCUGUUUGCAGAUGUUACAUGAUGAACAUUUGUUUUAUAAAUGCAAUGGUGCUUAGUGUUUACAUAAGACAUUAUGCAUAAUGCCUUGUAUUUCUGCUGUUAUCUCAAAGAAAUAUACAAACAAAGAGAUUAGUUUUGAGAACUUGUUCAA